AUGCCGGAUCUCUUGCUUCUUUCAGUUUACUUGUUCCAAACGGGGACCGUCAUCGCCCUGGAGCUCGAAGAGGAGACAAUCCUGUCAGACGUCAACCACGUGCUCAAGGCGUGCAAAGUGUUCUUCAGCGGUAGAGAAGAGGGGAUGAUUGGCACUGUGGGCAACAAUGAAGGUUUCACGGCGAAGAUUAUCAAGGCACUCAAAAUCGCGGCCGACUGCGCCACAUGUCCAGGGCGGAACGAAGACUUUGUAAAUGAAUUGUAUGCUCUAUCUGGGGAAGUUGUGGCUGCCUACAUACUAUAA